GUUGAAGCACAAGGAGCGCGGCAAGAGGGACAGGGCGCUCGCGUGGAACAUGGCGCAGAAGAGCGAGGUGAACGGCCUGUGGGGCAACCUUAUGCACGAGGAUCCAGGGGGGGCCCAGAAGCUCGAGAUGGAGUACACCAUGUCAGGCAACUUCCGUGAGUUCGAGUCGUGUGCCCGCACGCUCGUCAGGGAGAUCGAAUACAGCGCGGAGGGCAAGGACCUCGAGCUGAACCACGACUGGUUCAUCAGGACCCUCUGCAGCGCGGGCGUGAGCCGCGACGAUGCCGAGGACUGCUGGGAGCACAAGGCGGGGCGCUUGAAGAUAGUAUUCCAGAAAGGCACGUGAGGCUGAUUGCGGCAACGUAGAGCUUGGUUUCUCCGUGUCAUUUUAAAGUUUCACCCAGUUGUUUGUUCUUAGCUUGAUCGAUAGGCUCGGACUACCAUCGACAGCUUGGUCAGUCGAAUUGGGCUAUGAUGAGCGACUGUGUGCGUUUCUACGCCUUGUCCGAAUGCCAGUUUGGGUGUUCAUUUGGAACGCUUGGCGUUCAAGUUCCAGAAAUAUCAAAGUGCCAGCAGACAUUAGCAAAUUUGUUAUGCUGCUUUAUGUGUGUACAUUACCGCCCAUCGGUAUCGGAAUGGCGUUUAACCCUCUGGCGAUAUUUAAGAUUCUAUUCCGAUGAGGAGGGUUCGGUGCAGGUCCGUUCCGCUGCUGCGCACAACUGCCAGCGUUGCACCGCUGUGCAUCGACGCUAGCGCCACUGCCGCCACUUGUCUCAGCAUCAACAGUCGUCCAUGCUCAAGCCACGAUGCAACGCGUGCUGCGCUCGUGCAACUGGAGACCGCCUCCAUGUCGCCUGUAAGCUGAGGGCUGUUGCGCAUGAUUGGCCCAGCCAGCACAGGUGACAUUGUUGUCGGCGAGCUUCGGGCGUCGCUGUUGCGCGUUGGAUAGGACACGGGGCCCCACGGCUGCCGUCGCCGCGCAGCUUGUGCCUUCGGGUAGCGCCUGCGGACUGCCAGCGGGUGGUAAGGCAGCGGCGGUCACCAUAACCUGGUAUAUGAUGCCCACCGUCAUGGGGGUUUGGCGCGGCUGACAUUUGGCCA